GGACGUAAGAAAAGAAUGUUCUUACUGCGCAAACUGAGAUUGUUCUCACACAGCAAAUGUAAGGAACAAAGUCAAUCCAUCUCUGACCUCAGCAGUUUGGAAAGUCUUCAUGAUGUUGGUAUAAAUAACCCGGGUUAUAGUCUCAAACGCUCCAAAUCAGCAGAAGAACUCAAUGAUGACGUCAUAGAAUCUUUGCAGACGGCAAAAAGCCAGUCAUUUCAUUCUACCGCUAGUGACAGCACAGACGGCAGUCUUGAUGAUUAUCUUCAACCGUGUGUUGACAUGCAGAAUGAAUCGAAAUCGAUAAAAAAGAUUGCGAUUGUUAAUCCAACUACGCAUGUUUUCCCAGAGGAAGAAAUCAAGAAAAAAGAACCUGUUGAAGAACGACUUUAUGAAAACAUUGAAACAUGUAAAGUCUCAAAAGCGUCAGAUGAUACUUCUCAAAUUAAAGGAGAAGAAAAUGAAGGACCGAGUAGUAUCUAUCAAAACGUUGAACAUCUUGAAUUUAAAGUUGAAAACGGCAAUCAGGAAUCUGAGUAUCAAAAUGUUGUGUUUCAAACUGAAACUACGUCAGAUGUAACGACGGGGAAUGCAGAAGCUUGUGAAUAUGAAUUCGCACAAAGUCCUGAAACUGCACAUAAAACCGAAAAUUCGGAACAAAAAAUUAAUACUCAGGAUGAAAAAUUUAGUGAGAAAAAGAAAUCAGAUGUGAAGCAACGAUUGGACAAUAGCAUGAUGGAAAAAGGUCCUCAAGCACAAUCGAUCGCGGUAAUUGUUUCAAGUAAUGUUCCGAAAGAUCUCAGUAAAUCUUCCAAGAAACCAGCUAAAAAACCAAAGCCUGCAAGACCACCACCACCAAAGUUCUCUACAAACUUUACUCCAUACAAACACAGAUACACAAGUCCAGAUCUUUCUGUUCAGCAGGAACGAGCCCACAAACCUCCAGAGAAAAGCAUCUCUCUCGACAGCCCUGGUAGGUAUUAUGUGAACGAUCCCAAGUUAUCAAGAGACAACAGAGCGAAGUUACUAUUUAGAAACGCCAAAAGUGCUUCAGAACAAACAGUGCGUAAGUCUGAGAAUAUCGAUGAUUAUUUGGAUAUGUCCAGCAGUCGACCUGGUGAUAUUAAAUUCGAGGACACGGACGAUUACAUGCCAAUGAGUCUAGAGGACAGCUGUCCAUUAAAUGCAAAAUGAUAA